AUGACUCAUGCUGAGUCAAGCGAAGUGUGCUACAAAGCGUUGAUGAAGCUGAUUUCUGUAAGUGAUGAAUUAUCGGACUUUCUGGAGGCUUCAAGAAAACGGGAUCUCAGUUAUACAUCGCCUCCAACAGGAUCACAGUCUAAGGUCACAGAACAGCUGCCGAAACAGUUUCAUGCUGAACUGCUGGCCUCACCUGAAGCAGUGCAUUCACGGAAGACUUCACUCACUCAGGUACCAAAGAAGGCAUCAUCACUUUCACCUCCGGAGACAAGAGGGCCCUUAUCUUAUGCUUUACCAGCUGCUCCUAAUCCACAGCCGUUUUCACACUUUGUCAACCUGGUUCUCUGUGGCCUGCAACCAGGGCAAGGACGAACGGGUGUUAUGGCGACCGUUCUCAUAGACAAUCCAGCUGGUGCGACGCCGCUUUCCUUGGAGGCUUUGAUAUACAAUGUGCAAUGUGUUUUUGGACUACGCGGAACCAACAUCCGUCUCUAUUACGAUUCAGCUUUCGCCAAAGAAGUCGCCGCAGAUCUUGACACCCGCUGUUUAUUCCAGGCAGCCAUUUUUGUUUCCCCGUACAUACUUCCUGGAGUAGCAAAGCGUCUUUUAAAUACUUUGAGGCAACCACUGUGCCGUUACAUAAAUGUUGUCAGUAGAGACAGAACCGGAACAUUGCUGCUUGAGAAUCCCUGCGACGAUGUUCUAACUUGGUCUGAAGUCUUGGCGCAGGCAUCUGCAAUCCUUGGAAUGUCAGCGAGAGAUAUACGUUUGAGUCGAACAAGGGACAGCACUGGAUUAUUGCAUUUUGACGAUGGGUCAAAUCUUCUAUCUCUGCAUGGCUCUACAAUAUUUGUUCUCUGA